AUGGACUCGUUUGACAAGCACGGCCUCGACGAAGAUGCUUUUGGAGACAAGGGACUCUCGAGUCUAAGGACAUUCGAUGCCUUUCCCAAAACGAAACCCAACUACACCUCAGCGACGGCACGAGGUGGACAAUGGACACUCGCGAUCAUCAUCCUCUGCACAUGCCUGACAUUCACGGAACUGCGGACGUGGUGGUCGGGCACGGAGUCGCAUCACUUCAGCGUAGAAGGGGGAGUGGGACAUGAACUACAACUUAACCUCGACAUUGUGGUGGCAAUGCAGUGUCGGGAUCUACACGUCAACGUACAAGACGCGGCGAUGGACCGCAUCAUGGCGGGCGACCUGCUUACCAAGGAAGACACCAACUUCGAGCUGUGGAUGGACCCCAACAAGCGACGGCUGCUGGCGCGCAAGCAGAAGAACCAAAUCUACCGCGGCCUGCAUUCGUUGGAUCGGGCGCGCAAGAAGGCGGAAGAGGAGGACUCGCACGUCGGACACAUCCUCGGCCAUCUGCGCGAGAACAAGGGCAGGAAAUUUCCUCGCUCGCCUCGCCUCGGCCGCCAGAUGCCCAUCGACGCCUGCCGCAUCUACGGCUCCCUCGAGGGCAACAAAGUACAGGGUGACUUCCACAUCACCGCACGCGGCCACGGCUACAUGGAGAUCGGGCUGCAGAUGCAUUUGGACCACGCAACCUUCAACUUCAGCCACCAUGUCAACGAGCUGAGCUUCGGCCCACAUUACCCGGGGAUUUUGAAUCCACUGGACAAGACGAGUGACUCGACAGCCCACAACUUCAUGCGCUAUCAGUACUAUCUGUCGGUGGUGCCGACAAUCUUCACCAAGCGGCGCGUCUCGACCAGCGACGGCCGCCUCAACCCGGCCGCUGUCCCACAACCGCCAACCCUCGACAUGGCACCCGACAUGCUCAAAACCGACAAGGACGGCGUUGUCCACCACGUCCCGCAGCCCCAGUCGCGCGCAGACUCGAAAUCCAUCUUCACAAACCAGUAUGCCGCCACCAGUCAGAGUCGCGAAGUGCCCGCCAACGUCGUCCCGGGCAUCUUCUUCAAGUACGACAUUGAACCGAUCUUGCUGAUUGUCAGCGAGUCGCGCAACGGGUUCCUGGGUCUUUUAAUCCGUCUGGUCAAUGUCAUCAGUGGUGUUCUGGUAGGUGGUGGGUGGUUGUUCCAGUUGACCGAGUGGGCCAAUGAGGUUUGGGGUCGCAGGGCUGCCAGGAGGCGAAAUAUUGGCAUGUUGGGUGUCAGUAAUGGAGAUCUGAGUCAUGGUGGAGAUUUGCACUUGAAGAGGUGA